AUGGCGAAAUCGGUCCAGCUCGGUCACCGCCUGCGGUACCCCAUCACCAUCACACGCCUGCUCAAGUCGCGCGGCGACACUGUCAAGAAGCAGGAGCCAAUCAUGCAGUAUAGCUUCAAGUGGAUGGCGGACGUCGGCGAUCCCAUCGCGGGCGAUACCUGGCAGGAGGAGCAAACGACUUUCGUCGACUGGGAGAGCCCCGUCGACGGUGAGAUCAAGGAAUGGCGCGUCAAGGCCGGCGAGGUCAUCAAGCAGGACCGUGAUUGCCUGGUGGUCAAGGAGGCAUGCUCGCACGAGAUACAAUUCCAGGGCCUUUGUGCCAUUUGCGGCAAGGACAUGACCGAGGUAAAUUGGGCCACCGAGCAACGAGACACAGAUCGCGCCCCCAUCAACAUGACGCAUGACGCUACUAGUUUGACCGUCAGCGAGCUUGCCGCGAGGCGCGCCGAAACCGAACUCCAGCGCCGACUUCUUGAACAACGAAAACUGAGCUUAGUCGUCGAUCUCGACCAAACGAUCAUUCACGCCUGCAUCGAGCCGACCAUUGGCGAAUGGCAGAGCGACCCAAACAACCCGAAUUACGAGGCUGUGAAAGAUGUCAAGAGCUUUCAGCUCAGCGAUGAGGGCGUACGAGCCCCACGUGGUGUCACAAGUGGAUGUUGGUAUUACAUCAAGAUGCGACCUGGCCUGAUGAACUUCCUUGAGCGCAUCUCGAAGAUGUACGAGCUUCACGUUUACACUAUGGGCACCAGAGCAUAUGCUAAAUCCAUCGCCAACAUUGUCGACCCUCAGAGCAAGCUUUUCGGCAACAGGGUAAUCAGUCGAGACGAGAAUGGCAACAUGACAGCCAAGAGCCUACAGCGAUUAUUUCCAGUCAGCACCAACAUGGUGGUAAUCAUCGAUGAUAGAGCGGAUGUUUGGCCGAGGAAUCGGCCGAAUCUCAUCAAGGUGACACCCUAUGACUUCUUCAAGGGAGUAGGAGAUAUCAACUCGAGCUUCUUGCCUAAGCGGGAAGAUCUCCUGGCCCCAUCUCCUGACCCACAGGCCAAAGCGAUCGCACCGAAACCAGCACAAAACGGCGCCUCCGCGCCGGAAGCGUCGUCCAAGGUGUCGGCACUCGAGAGUCUGGCGAGCAUGAGCAAUGGCGAUGACACCGAUCUUCUUAAAUUACAGACUGAAGAGCAAGAGCGUGAGUUGGAAAAACAACUCACUGAACGACCGCUUCUUCAUAUGCAGGAGCAGCUUGACAAGGAAGACGAGGAGGCAGAAAAGACAACUCCGGAAGUAGAGGCGACAAAUGGCCAGCAAACAACUCCAUCUCACCAGCGACAUCACCUGCUCCUCGACGACGAUGUUGAGCUAAAAUAUCUCGAACAACAUCUUACGAACCUUCAUCAUGCUUUCUACGAAGUAUACGACUCACGAACGGACAGCUUGGCAGUACCAGAUGUCGGCGCGGUUCUUGACCGUCUCAAAGCCAAAGUACUCCAGGGAACGACUAUUGUACUAUCUGGUCUCGUACCGCUUGGCGUUGAUGUCCUCAAGUCUGAACUGGGCCUGCAAGCAGUGAACUUUGGCGCUCAGAUUCACUCUAGGAUAUCACGCCGUGUGACGCACUUGGUUAUCAGCAGUAAUCGACCCAGAACACAAAAGGUGCGGCAAGCAGCGCAAAUACCGAGCAUUAAGAUUGUCAACCAGAAUUGGCUGGCAGAUUGUCUCAGCCAAUGGCGAAUGUUGGACGAGACGCCAUAUUUGGUUGACCUUCACCCUGCAGAUCGCGCUGGUGCCUUAGUGUCAGGUACUAUUGAGACUGCUGAUGCCGACACGAUAUCAGACAUUGACACAGACUCAGAAAUCAACGAGCCUCACCUCAGGAGGCCCGGCACGCUCAAGAUUCUCGUCACCGGCCCUCAAAAAGGUUAUUUCGACAGAGAGGAUCUUGAUGACGAGGACGACGAUCCUACGUUCGACGACAAUGGUCCAACGAGUCCCAUUGAAACACUUCAGAACUUUGACUGGGGCGAGGCUGACCAGGAGAUGGCCGAGUUUUUGGGUGAAGACGAUGAUGAAUCGGAUUUUGGAGAAUCGGAAGCCAAUAGCGAGAGCGAGGGCGAGACAGAUACAGGUACUACUCGUGGCGCAAAGCGCAAACUUGGAGAGGAUGACGGCGACUCUGAUGGCUCGGUGGAACAUGAAUCUGUGCUCGCAAAGAAGCAAAGGCUCGCCCGAGAACGCGGUGGAUCAAGCCUGCGAGCCGUGAGGACACCCGAUGCCGCGGAUGAGACCAAUAGUCUACCGACGCCGAACGGCACUAACGACGAUGAGGAAGUUCUCCUUGUCAAGAACAUGCCCGCAAGCCAGACCAGCAAGGCCGCCGAUGAUCUGGACGAUGAUGACCUCGAAGCUGACCUCCUCGCGGAGCUUGAAGCCGAGGAACAUAUGGCAGAUAAGGGAUAG